CAGUGUUUGCUGAGAUAUCACUGUUGUGUUAAAGGUCAGUGCACUUGUUCAAACAGCAUUUUAAUCAAUAAAAUUAAACGUACGUAGAUAGGAUGAACGUCUUGUUUACACAUGCUAUCGUUUCCUCAUGAUAAAAAGCAGCAGCGAUUGCGCGACACUCAUUUUCAAAUACCAGUGACGUUGCAGGAGACAUCUACACGAACCUGCUUCUGUCUUGAGGUUCUACUUGAUAGUGUUGCGUAUUUCUGAGCUCAGGUUUUGAUUUUGUUGAGCCCAAAGAAGCUAAAAUGUCAGAGGAGGUGGUAGCUGUAGUUGCUCCGGCUGCUUGUUGUUGCUUCGGAUGCGUUACCCAGUCUCUCAUGGGACCAUGGCGGCUGACCGUGUUCGUUGUCGUCUUGAUCGUGAAGUUCUGUGAUUUGGGAUUCAAUAUUCUACUCAUGGUUGACACUUUGGAUGAGUUAAAGGCCAUAGAUACAUAUAUGUUGGCAAACGAUACAAAUAAUGGAACUAUUGACUGGAACAGGACUCGGAACAUAGAGUGGAACAAGACGUUGAGUUCAAACUGGGACAACACUUUGGAAACGAACGCGACUUGGAACAGAAACUAUGAGAUCACUUUGGGAACGAACGCGACUCUGACCACAAACUGGACCACAGACUGGAACACGAUUGAUAUUGAGACAUUCUGCAAUUUUGACACUGAUUUCGAUAUAUCCGAGAAAGUUGACCUUUUCAAGACACUGUUCACGACAUUCCAGGUUUACGUCGGAGUGGCAGGGUUUAUCAUAGUCUUUUAUAUAACGACUUGGUGUAUAAUAUACCAAAAAUGUAAGGGUGAAGAGAAUCAAGGUGGUGUGUGGAAAGCAAUAGGCAAAUUCCAGGUCUACCUUGCACUGUCCUACGACAUUCCCAUGAACACAAUGGCCAUAGAAAUGCAGUGGUUGAAAGGCGGAACAGACGGUAUUGACUGCUGGUUGUGCUCCAAAAUAUCAACUUGUUCGGACAUGGAGCCGUUACGCCUUGAAAGUCCGUUGAGGAUCUUUUCAGACAAUCAGCAAGAAAGAACGGCGGCAGAAUUGUGGUUAACCCUCGGACUGUCGUCGGUGUCCGCAUUUGUAGACAUGAUCUCUGUAGCAAGCCCCUAUUUUUUAAGUACAUCUUUCUGUUAUUUCAUGUGUUGCGCAAGGUCAAUAGACGACCCACCCGGGAAAGGCUGUCUCGCAUGGUACGUUUUUACGGGCAUUUUCGCAGGGAUUCAUGUUCAAAUGACAAAUUUAACUCUUUUGUAUUUCCACCUAUUACCCCAGGGUGAUUUUCCGUGGGUGUUUGGGGCUUCAAUCAUGCUAAUGAUAUAUGUGGCGUAUGGCUCCAUAAUAGGGGACAUUAUUUUAACAAUUUGUGGGUCUAGUUUUUGGUGUAUCUUCGGCGAUAUGUUACCUACGGUUUUUUCAAAAAGAUUAGCAUACCAUACUUUUUUCUUGAGUAUGCUCACCUUAGGCUUUGAGUUGUUAAAAAUGAUCCUCCCCUUAAGACAUCCAAAGAACAGUUACAUAAUGAUCAUGGUAGUUGGGGGUAUAAUUUUGACUACGUGGACGCUUGCGUUAUUUGCUGCACUUACUGCUAUGUGUUGCGAUUCUAAGGGUUGCAUGACAGUGUUCAAUCUACUUACUAACCAAAAUUCUUCUAAUAAAGUGAACCCAUCCACGGUACCAGGCGCAAAGUUCGAAGCGAGAUAGUCAAGCAGAUGUGAUUUGCAAUUUUUUUCUAGGGCUUAUCAUGAAUGGUUUUAGUUUGUAAGUACAGAAGGUUAAUGUACGAACUAGAGCUAAAAAGGCUAGAAAUAAUUACAUGCCUGUUUUGGAUGAAAAGAAGUUGUGCAAAAAUCGACCUUAAGUAGCCCCCCUUACACAGAGCCGCAACCUCCGUGGUUCUCUUGAACAGCAUGGUUACCAAAACCAGAAAACGGCAUCUCUUUGUACUUGCUUUAAAAAUAUGUUCCAGUGCUUUUUUGGACGUUCAAAUUUGGACUUUGGCAGUUUGAGUGACAUAUCCACAUUAGCACCCGGACCCUUAUGUAUAUUUUUAGAAAUAUAUUUAUUCUUUCAUUUGUUCAGUUGAACCCGUAUGUCUUUCACACUGAUAUAUUAGAAUGAAAUUAAGAUGAUCAAUUUAUAUCUUAUUAUAUCUAAGCUAUUUUAGUGAGAUGCCAUUUUGAUGAUGCUACAGGGGUUGCUGGGUUGCUUUUUUUCAUAUAAUAUCUUUUUAUUAUAAUUUUAUUCAUAAAAUAUUGUAGGUGGAAUAAACUAUUGUCUAGCCUGUUUUUCAUACGUAGACGUUCCAUCAGCUCUCUCCUCCUUUGCAGGGCGAUAGACGCCCGUUCUGUUCACAGCACGCAUACCCAGUUUUCCUUGAAGAAAACAAGACGAAAACGUGUAUUUAACAUUGCAUAUUAUUAUCCAGUUUUGUUUAGGUUAUUUGUAAUAUGGUUAGAUAGAAUUUUCAUAGAUUUAAGAUUUCAGGGGCUAUUCCGACAAACACAACAGCUUAACGUUUUCUACUUUUAAAUGACAUGUUCCAGCCAAUUGUUACCUGGGCCCUACACAUUUCAUUUGUAGUUUAUAAUUGUUUUCUUCCUGAUAAAAUGAUAAUCCUACAGCACCAUUCAGGUAAUGUGAUGAUUACCUGAGGCAUCAAAUAAAAUGUAAGAUUUUUCCCCACAUAUUGCCCAGGAAUUAUACGAAGUGCAAAACUGUGUAUUGCAAGUCUGUUACCUUUAAUAAGUGUGGUAUUUAUGACCGCAUGGGGCAUAAUGUGUAACAUAGUAUUGGCAGACAAUUUCCUAUACACUUUUAGUUAUGGUGGUUCUGGUGGUUUAUUAUAUUUUAAACAUUGUAAGUCAUUGCUGAUACUGUGAAUUUAAUGGUAAAAGGUUUUAACAGUAAUCAGCAAAUAAAAUCAAUCUAUCCAAAACCACUUGCAAGUUUUCCCUUUAAAAUGUCACUGAAAAGGCGUACACCCUCAACUGAAGGGUGCCACAUGCCAAAAUCCCUUAUUCGACCAGUACCUAGGAAUAUUACCUCAUCCUUCUUAAAGUCAAAUUGGUCAUUCCCAGUCUUUAUACUAUAUUUCUUUCAGGUGGGCUCCAUAUUAGCAAAUAAUGAAAAUGUUAAACUCUUUCCACGGCAUGAUUCACAUGAAUAGCUAGGCGACGAUAAGCAAAUCGUUCUCCUUGUACUAACAUUACCCGCAGACCACACUAAAUGGCAUAAUAAUAAUAAUAAAAAGACAGCUUUAUCAAAAUGUUUUUAUUUUAAUUCGUUUUUGAUCUUUAUAAUUUUGUUGUUCACAGCGCCCAGCGCCAACCGUUUGACUAAGUUAUACAUGUAUUACACCUGUAUGUCAGUAUAUACAACACUCUCAUAGAUUAUUUCGUACUACUGUAGCAGAUUUUAACAUUUCUAAGAAAAUAUUGUAUCAUAAAUACGUAUAAUUCAGAGCAAAAUGCGUAAUUAAAUCAUCUUUUAUAAUGCACAGUCUUUUAAAUUUUAUGUUAAUUACUGCUUCAAACUGUCUUAUAAGUCUUAUAAGCCUUGGUCCUUUAGUUUAUAAUUUUUAGUUAAUUUUAAAAUACCUUAUGAUUUUAUUAUUUAAGACACAUUG